UGCGGAGAGGCGGCGACAUGGGCUGAGCAUGUCCCAGCGAGUUGCUCCCAGACGCUGGCCAGUCAACAAUGAAACGCCACACAGGACUCCCAUACAAUGACACGUGGAUUAUCACUCGAACCUAGGCAGGACUAACCGGUCGUCUCGUGCCCUUGAAGCGUUUUCAUUCCGUAUGAUCUGAGAGUCUCCAGCAAUGCAUGUGCUAACGAACUUGGAAAAGACAUCCGGCAUCCAUGCGCCACGGCAGCCCCACAUCACAGGCGACGAGACUAGGCUAUGCGGUAAGAAGAACCCCGCGAUGGCUGCGUCUAUGCCGUUAUGUCCUUGCGAAUCGUUCGUCAAGCUCAGGGCUACAUAGAGCGAUCCCUCGUUGAUGCAGACAAUAUGGCUGAUCAGAGAAACAUUCAGUCGGCCGCCUCCAAGAGCAUCAGGCCGUUUAAGUCCAGCGAGGAGUACCUGUACGCCAUGAAGGAGGACCUGGCGGAGUGGCUUAACACGCUGUACGAGUUGGACGUGAGCGCGGACACCUUCAUCGAGGGCCUGGAGACGGGCUGCGCACUCUGUCGGCACGCCAACAACGUCAACCGCGCCGCUCACGACUUCCAGCUGGAAUACCCGGAGGCUGCCCGCUCCAUGAAGUUGCCUUCCAAGGAUGUGGUGUUCCAGUCUCGGAACGUUAUUCCCGGAUCCUUUCUGGCGAGGGAUAACGUGUCCAACUUCAUCAGCUGGUGCAGACAGGAGCUUUGGAUCAAGGACGUCCUCAUGUUCGAAACCAACGACCUGGUGGAGAGAUGCAACGAGAAAAACUUAGUGUUGUGUCUGCUGGAGGUUGCCCGAAGAGGGUCCAAAUUUGGGAUGCUGGCGCCGAUGUUGAUCCAGCUGGAGGAGGAAAUCGAGGAGGAGAUCCGGGACCAGGAGUGCCUGAGGAUGGAGGCCGAGGAGCCGGCAGUGGAGAGCUCAAAGAGCAGGUCCGUGAGCCGAGUGGAAAGCAGCCGGAGUCCCGAGGAAGAGGUCGAAACGGAGCCCUUCGUGUGGCCGCAGAGGAGAGUGCUGUGCGACAUGAGGAACCUGGAUGAAUUGGUACGUGAGAUUUUGGGCCGCUGCUCCUGUCCUGCUCAGUUCCCCAUGAUCAAAGUGUCCGAGGGCAAGUACAAAGUGGGCGACUCCAGCGCCCUCAUCUUCAUCAGGGUCCUGCGCACCCACGUGAUGGUGCGGGUGGGUGGGGGCUGGGAUACGCUGGAACACUACCUGGACAAACAUGACCCGUGCCGCUGCACUGCCUUUGCUCACCGGUAUCACCAGGCCAAAGGUAGUAGCCACAGUCAGGGAGCCAAGAGCAAGUCCUCCAGUGCCCAGUCAUCCCGAUCCACCAGCCCAGGGCCCCAAUGGAGGAAUGAGCCAAUCAGCACCUGUAAAGCCAGCUCCUCCCCUAGCCGUCCCUCUGGCUCCUCUCCCUGCCGCUCAGACUUCUCCCCUAGUCGUUGCGCCGAGGUGGACAGCCAUGCCCACAGCAUGCUGCCCCGCCCCCCUCGGGACCGCUCCGAGCCCCAACACUUCAAUUGUCUCAGGAACAGAAACACCACGCUGCCGCUGACCAGGCGUCUCUCCGGGGACAGUGACUCAUCCACGGUGUCCUCAAAAGGGGGAGGGGCAUCGUGCACACGACGCUCUGGUGAGGAGGUUAUUCUGAUGGUCAACCGCAAAGAGGGGAAGCACAUCAUCGAAAGACCCGGAGCAACCAUCCCAGCCAGAACCACACGCCCCUCCCCCCGCGCCCGAAGCCAGUCCAGAGAGCCCAGCCUCAAACCCAGCCCUCCCACUACGAUGGAGGAGCGACCUGAGAGAGGCCGCUCCCUUGGCACUGAUGGGCCCCGCAGGUUCCAUGUCCCUCGCUCACACAGCCAGGGAAAACUCAUCAGUCGCACCCGCAUCAGUGAUGCCAGCCCUGAGCCGGCAUCUUGCUUCAGGGACCCCCAAAGAGACGAUCUGAGGCCUAAAGGGACGCUCUCCUCCCCCAGAACCAUCAAGAGACAACCUCCAAGGACCAUCAACUCACCGUUGAAGGGUGCAUCAAAUAGCAGCUGUCCCAGUAAGAAGAUCAGCACACCCAGACCUCCAGCCCCUCGCUCACCCUCCUUCGGAAGAGGACGCCUCCCUCCAGUGUCCAUUGGGGGCCGGCGCUCACCUCACUCCUCCCCCCACCACAAUCACAUGGCCCGCCCGCUCCGGCAGUCAAACGGCCAAGGAGCACUGUAUCGGAAUGGCUCAGCAGAGGAGCCAAGGGGGCUGGCCUUCCACAUGCUGCCUCCUCUGGACCCCCAGAGAGAGCAGGACUUAUACCGCAGUCUGGAAAUGGAGUUCUUGGAAAAUACUCGGCAGGUGAUAUCUGGAGCAGGAGGUGGGGCUAGAACCCAUCUGGCGCCCAACUCUGAUGUCACAGACUCCGCCUCUAACCCCUCUUCUUCCUCACUGAAUGUGGGCACUAAGGCUGGAUCUCUUCCAGACCUAAAGGACUCAAGGCGGACACACAGGCCCCUCCCUGUGGAUGACCCUUUGACUUUAUUGUCGGGACAGAGCUCAGGAGCAGGCAUAGGGGUGAGGCAGGCAGAGCCUGAGCACUGGGUGGGCCGGGGGCUCAGGAGGCUGCCUGCCAUCUGCGGGUCCUCUGCAGACACCUCCAAUCAUGUACGGGACCCAGCACCUGUCCAGGACCCAGCACCUGUCCGGGACCCAGCACCUGUCCAGGACCCAGUAUCUGCCCAGGCCAUGAGGAGCCUGAACAGGGCCCCAUGUAGGAUCCUAAAUGGGGGCCGUGCACCUGCAAGAGGGUCAAAGGGAGAUGUCCUGAGUGUAAAUCAGCAUUCAGACUUCCCUUAUGAGGAGAAUAGCAGUGAGGACCUCCCACCUCCCGAGGUGUGCCAGUCCCCCUGCUCCCUACCCCUCUCAGAGGAGUACGCCGACUCUUCCAGUGAGAGCUCCUCCAUGUGCUUCAGUCUGAGCGAGUCCUCCCCUCCGCCCUCCCACUCAGGCCUGGUCAAUGGAGAGACAGUGUCCUCUAGGAAGGACCCCCACAAGCACAAGCUGAAGGCCCGAGUAAGGCCUCGUACUGACCACCGACCUGCCCACAGCCCCUCCAGGAUCCCCACCCCCGUCAAGUACAGAUCCCCCUGUCACACACCUGUCUCCUUCAGAUCCCCCUGUCAGACGCCCCCUCUGUCCCCCCAGGGCCCUGCAGGACAUGCUGCCUCCUGUAAGGGCCUGCAGCAGGCCUUCCCUGGACAGUCGGGGAGUCUAGACACUGAAUCUUGGAUGUAGAACAAUUGUGUUUUUUAUGGGUUGAAUACUGACUACUAUUGUGUCCAUGCUGAUGCAUUUUUAUUUCAAAAGAUUUUGCAGAGGUCCAUCAUGAAAAGAACAACUAUUUUGUUUAAUAUUUUU